AUGAGGUCUAUUUCGAUGGCAGUUGCGGCCCUUAUUCCUCCCCUACUCUCUCUCGUGGCCACCAUUAUCUUUUUCAAGUCCAACUCUGUCCUGGCAGAGUUUAACCUACAAAACUACAUUAUCAAUGCACCAUCAUGCAGCAUUUCAGAAGAUCUGAAUGUCCAUUGCAACUUUAGCAACAUUGAACCCAUAAAUGGAAGCAUCGCUAGUUUCAUUACUGGCUUUGAUACUUGUCAAGGAAGUGCUACUCGCGAUUCAGAAUUGUCUCUUACGGCCACCAAUGGUGUUGUUGCUAAUGGCACCUUCAAUGUUGUUAUCGACAUUAACACCAAUCUCAACCUGACCAAUGGAGAAUCGGAAACUUUUACCUUUUGUCUGCUGACGCAUUUGCGGGAUGCAAGCGACAAUCUUAUGAUUUGGCAAGGCCAAAAGAUCAAUUCUACCUUCAUAUUUAGAACGGAUUUCUCAGUAGUAUCUUCCCUCCAUACACAAGUCUUUGAGGCUGGGAACGUCGUUGAGGAAGUGGAUUCUGGUUCGAAGAUCUCUUUCACUACAGCAUGUCGCUGCAGGAGUCUUGGUCUAGCAAUAGGUGUCAUGAUUCUAAUCGACUAUAUUUUCUAG